CAGCAGAGAACACAAACGAAAUCCUAUUGACUGGCGCGAUCUCUGUCGUCAAGAUCAAGGUUUAGUUUGGAUAAAAACGCUCUAUGCAUGGGCGAAAUUUAGGCUAACAUUAUUGACAAGAUGUGCUGUAAUUUGCGGGGUUCAAGAUGGAGGUCUUAAGAUUGGAUAGUCUUCAAGAUGGCAUUUGUAUAAGACCAGUAGAGAUUCAAACAGUAAAGCUAGUCUGACUAAUCAAAUUACCAGAACUAUGACAAGCAAGCAGAAGCACAGUGAUGCAGCUGACACAAACUUACCUGAGGAGCCCCAAUCUGAUUACCACUUCAGGGGACUAAUGAGGUGGUCAAACAUGACCCCUUGCUUUGGUCAAUUUUGCGGUGAGUCAUCCUUCAUAGGACGAAUAACACGAUUAGUCUCACCUUUGAAAAAUCAAACCUGCCUGGGCAACAAUUAUAACGAUUCCCAUUCAUCCAGACAAAAGUCCACCAACAAGUGCCCCAUUAUUUUAUCACCUUGGCGAGCCAAAAAGCUGUGGAAACUAAUGCUAGCUAAAAGCCGCUUCGUCCACAGCUUUGCAAGCGCCCAAGAAAAGGGCUUCAGUUCCGAGUGCUCGCCCGCAGUUUUGGACAUGUUUCCUCUGAGGUCGCUCGUCUCUCGCUGGGAGCACUUCAUGAAGAACCUCUUCACCGUCACGCGGUUCAAAUACGUGUACCCAAUCAUGUGGGGUCAGGACGAGGCGUUGCAAAAGCCUGCCCAUGCCAGCAAGUCCAAAGAAAUUGAGAAAAAAGAUCAAUCCAAGGGUAAGCCCAAAGCGCGAGAUUCAGAUCAGCCAAAGAAGAUUGAUCAGGAAAGGCCGACACGCAACAUAACCAAGCAGAAACCAAAAGCACAAGGUCGAAGAGAGAGAUCGGAGUCUGGCAGCAGUGACAGAGCAUCAAGCUUCAGCUCCACGGUAAGUGACUAUUCUAGAAAAAAGUGGACAAGCCCUAAACGUGUCAGCAAGAGAGCCUCUGACCGUCCAAGUCACACGUAUAGGAAAAGACCUCGCCGAGUAAAAGAAGUCAGAAGGAGAAGGUCGAGACCCAGGUCCAGGUCGAGAAAGAAAGCCAAGAAGAGAGUCAGCAGAAGAAAGAAGCCAGCGCAAAGAAAACGUCCAAGGGCGAGCAAGAAAAAGGCUUCACGGGGUAGAAAAAGAAAAACCAAAUCCAAGAGGCGUUAAACUCUGCCAGUCAUGUUUGCUUCCACAACAGUGUUUCAUUAAAUCCAUAACGCCAUGA